UUUAUCAUUUAAAGUAAACAUAUAUUUGUAUAGCUUUUUGUAUGUCUUUACAAGUGAGUCACAUCUAGGUUUUACAGCAAUAGUUUCUCAACAUACAUUCAUAGAGUUUUCACUUAUGAAUGUAUUAUGUAAAUCUGGAAAUAUUUGUUGUAUUGCUAUAACAGUCAGUAAAAUAGUAUAAUUUGUUCCAACGACACAUUUAUAGAUCAGUACAAAAUAUUUCAAUGAUAAAAUAAGCAAUAUAAGCAACUUACAGGGGCCAUUUUACUUCUGAUACAUAAGUAAAGUUUGCUCAUAUUACUUCCAGUUUCAAUAUAGAGUAUUUUUAUAUAAAAGCAUUUUCAGCAUUUAAUUUGUUCAUAUAUGCUCUGCUUCACAGCUGUGAGGACGUCACCAUCGAGAUGAAGAGUAUCCUAAAGUCUUCGAAAAGUAGGUUUCUUCUUCAUUCAAUCACUGCCAAUGAUGCAUUUUCUUCUCCAAUUCAUGUUCAAUGACUUCCACCCUCUCCCUGAUAAGGUGGCGCCCUGGAGCUUUCCUCCAAUCUGAUGCUCAUACAUGUUUACAGUGAAUCGUUCAGGGUUUAAAGACGUUGUGUCUGCAGGAGUGGACGUGCUGAAGCUGGGUGACAGCAGCAGCACCCAGAGCAGCUCCAUCGGGGCCGUGCGCUGGACGCUGCCCGAGGAGGACGUCCAGAUUCACAGCUCGGCCCCUGGCAGAGCCAUCAAACACUCACAGCAACAUCCUCGCCAGAACCUCCUGAAGGAUCUACGCAGCCUGCAGGAGUGUGUGCAGUUCAUCCAUCACUGGAAGGAGCAAGUGGACCAAGUCUGCAAGGGCAGCAGCGACGCGGACGAGGGCCCCAGUGACAAAGAAUCCCAGAGUUCGGACAGCCGCACCGAGCGCAGUCUGGAGGAGAGCAGGAAGCUGAUCCUGGAGUGGGCUGACGAGCUCCACCACGUCGACGAGCUCCUGAAGGAGACGCCCUGCGCAUCAGAGAGUGAGGACAAUAAAGAAGGGGAUGCCAACGAGAAGGCCCACCUGAGGAUCAUGGAGUGGGCAAAGGAGCUACAAAAGGCGACUGAGAGUUGUGGCAUUCAGAGCGACGAGGUGGGCAAAGUGCUGCGUCAGCUCGGCCUGAAGAAGAAGCGUCUGGUUAACCUGCUGCCUCUGCUGGAGUUCAUCACCUGGUCUCUGCUCAAAGAAGACCGCACGAGAAUUAUUCCACAGUUGUGGUUACUGGCAAAGCAGAGGACCUGGACAGCAGGAAUUCCAAUAUACAUCCCCAACUCAGUUUGGAGUUGGAUUUGCAGUGCAGCAGGUAAGAUCAGUCUACAAUUGUAUCUUCAUCUUAUCUCACAGAGGAAAAAGCAAACGUAUCGAUCACAGGACGACGCGCUCAUUCGGGCCCUUUUCUUUUUCCUAACAGCGGACGUGAUUCUGGACCCCAUGACCAACCACCCCUGGCUGCAGCUGUCCGAUGACCAGCGGCGUGUCCAGGAGGGCCUCUCGGAAACCGACCUGCCGUCUAGCUCGCAGCGCUUCGACGGCUGGCCCUGCGUGCUGGGCUGGGAGGGCUACAGCAGCGGCCGCCACUACUGGGAGGUGGACAUAGCCAAAAACGGCUACUGGCGCAUGGGCGUGACCACUGCCGGAUCCAAGCGCCACGGCCGGUUCCCCAUGACCCCAAAGCAGAGCUACUGGGUCUUGUGGCGCAGCCCAAACCAUUUCUACGCCUGCACCAAGCCGGAGACCGCACUGCCCGCCGGCCUCAUGCCUCAACGUAUGGGGGUCUACUUGGACUACGAGGAGGGCCAGAUCUCCUUCUACAACGCAGAAACGAAGUCCCACAUCUACACCUUCACUGGGACCUUCACAGGGAAGCUGUACCCUAUUUUCGCCCCGCUGGAUGGUCGCACGUGCAUGACCAUCCAGCAAAUAAAUAUGGAAAUAUCUGAGCUUUAAACAACUCUUAUCGGACGCUUGGGAGAAUUCACUUGGACUUGAACACAAAUUGUGUUGAAAACUUACAGAAAACAACAUCUACACAAAGAUGAAGGUUUUCUUUGAAAGUGGUGUCAUCUAUUAGAUUGACGAUUCACUCAAAAGCACACAAAUAUUUGGAAUUUCACAUGAAUGUUCCUUAAUGUUGCUUUAAAUGUGUCUUUCAAUUUCUGCCUUUAAGCUGAAUUUAAAAUCGAUAGUUGUCAGUUAAAAUCUGACUUUGAACCACGGUGGACUCAUUAACAAAGACUAAACUCUAUCAAAGUGCUGAUGAUAUUGUUAUUAGAUGUAUCUGAUCAUAACAAGUUUGAAAAAUAUUCUAAAAAUCUGCAAUGGUGAAAGAGAAUUGUUAUCAGACCACGAGAAACAAAAACCUUGAGGAAAUAAAUGUAUUUAUUUUUGUACAACGUUCAUAAGCACAUUCUUCAUCCAGAUACAUGCAUGCACUUUCA